AUGGCGUCCUACCUCGAAAAGAUGCGCCGGCAGUCAAAGCAACUGUUCCCUCAAAAGCAACAAAAGCCCGGAGCGCCACCAAUCGAAGACCCUCCCAAGGUCUCAGAGUCGACUACACCGAAAAUAGAGGACGCUGCCGUCCCUAAGAUCGAAGAACCCGCCGCGGGGCCUAGCGGUGCUGUUCCUACACCACCUGCACCAACUUUUACCGAACCAAGCGAGGAAGUAGGCAGCGACCCAGUUCUCGAUGCCGAAGACCAGAAGUUCCUUGAGCGACUUGCAGCUAUCGCCUCAGAGCCCGAAGGCAUGCCCCCGCCGUUGCCCCAGCGAACCGAGGUGGUCGACAACACAGGCGAAAAGAAGGUUGGCAAAGAUGCACAGGAAGCACUUCUGGACGGCGCGGACAAAGUUGCGCUCCCUAUGAGUCCACCCGAGACCACUGCCCAUGCCAGUGACAAGGGCAAAGGAAAGGCACCUGAUGGUGGUCUAGCUAGGAAGAAGAGUGUCUUGUCCUACUUCCAACUGCCCAAAUUCGCCAAGAAAGACGGUGACAAGCCCAAGGACAAGACACCAAAAGACAAGAAGCUGGUAGUCACGGAUAAGGAGAGGACACAGUUCGCAGACGACCUACUCGCCGCAGCCGAAGCCGCCAAAGCCACUGAGCUUACCGAUGCACAAAAGGAGGACAAGGAGCUCACCGAGAUACUCGACCAGCUGAAUCUAUCAGCUGUAAACAACCGCGUCUUCAGCUUCAGCAAGGAGUCUGAAGAGCUCCUCAACAAGUUCACACAAGUUCUGAAGGACAUCGUCAACGGUGCGCCAACAGCAUACAAUGACCUCGAGAAACUCUUCACAGACUACGACAAUCAACUCAAGAAGAUGUAUGGUAGUCUGCCUCCUUUCUUACAGAACCUGGUUAAGAGCCUACCAGCUAAGCUUACGGCCACACUGGGUCCAGAGCUCAUGGCUGCGUCAUCAGAGAAGCCCGGUUUCGAUGCAAAGGCUGCUGCUGGUGGAAGCAAGUUCAAGAGUAAACGUUCAAUGCUCCCUCAAGUGCCCAACUUGAAGUCGCUGGUCUCAGCCCAAGGCGCCGUUGCCACCGCGUUAAGGAGCAUUGUCAACUUCCUCAAGUUUAGGUUCCCUGCUUUGGCUACGGGUACAAAUCUCAUUAUGAGCUUGGCGGUAUUCAUCCUUCUCUUCGUAUUCUGGUACUGCCACAAGCGCGGUCGCGAAACUCGUCUCGAGAAAGAGCGCCUUGCUGCCGAAGAGGGCCAAUCUGGCGCAUCUUCCAUCAACGAAGACGCAGACUCCAUCUUUGGGUCCAAGGCGAAUAUCAAGGAUGGGGAUAGGGAAGUACCCCAGGAACCGCUCAUCCUCACUGAUGGCAGGGAGAAGGAGGCUGAGCUGAGUGACUUGCCGAGUGUGUCGCAUCUCCCUGAUCCAAAGGCUGGGGAUGCGCCGGAAAUGGCUACGGCACCGGCACACAACAAGUAG